GCAGCAAGGUGGCCCUGGCAGGGGAGGGGUUGAUGCCGAGAUUGGGUACCGGGGGAAGACUGUCUCCUUUCAACUUUCUCGCUGGCUUGCACCCCCGGAGAAGGCCACACGCCGGUUGUGGGGUGCAGAUGUGCCGAGAGUGAUUUCUGAGUAGUUGAGUUGUUGAGACGAGGGUACGACGGCUAGCGGUAGGCAGGUUUUGUUUUCAUUGGUGAAUCUGGUGUCAUCAUAUUCCGGUCAUAUGUUGAAAUAUUCUUUGUUUAGGUCUUGAAGUAGAGGAUCUUACUCUGCACGUCCACAUUGUGUUGUUUUUAAAUGAUGUCUCUGCAAGUAUGGCUUUCUAGAAUUUCAGAUGAGAGUUGAGGUCCGGGCGUGUGCGGGCCUCGGCACUGGCCUUGACAGUGAACUUUGUGGCUGUGUUUUGGAUUUCAAAGAUUUAACCCCAUAGCUGGCGUGCGAGCUGUGCAUUUUUGUUAAUAGUAGGCGUCAGCAAUGUAGAUGCUUGAGCUGGGGACGUUAGAGAAGGAAGAACAUUCAUAUAUUAAUAAUUGAUAGCUGAAUAUUAGAAUCAGGUUAAUUUGGGCUGAGGAAAGUUUUUUUUUUCUUUUUAAACAGUUAUGCACUCUAGGAAGGAAGCCUUUUCAUAGGCACACUUUAUAGGGGUUCUUUAGGGCGCAGAGCUUGACUAUCUCCUUUCAGAGAGGUUACUCACCAACAUCUGUAGCUUCAUUGAGGGCCUGAUAAGGGGCCUAAGGCUGGGGCUGACAUCUAAGUGUACUUUUCAGUGUUUAUGUUGUUUGUUUACAUCUGAUGUUCACUCACCAUCGUUUGGGCAGUAGGAAUAAAUAGGUCAGAUUUUCUUUUGGUUUUUGAAGACUAGCCCCUCCCCCCCCCCCCUUUUUAAGUUUCACAAUUUACUUGGUUUCACAGCAUUGUAGGAAACUGUUACUACAUUUUUACUGGAAAUACUAUUAUUCAUUUUGAUUUUGUCAUCUGGAAAGAGUUGCCUCAGAAAUACUCUUCUUCUGCUUACAUGAAGAACUCUAAAUGCUAUCCAGCAGGAGGUGCUACAGCAAGAUAAAGGAAAUCUUUGAAUUUUGAGGGUCUUGCUACUUAUUACAGCUCUGCUUAGCUUCAUCUAAGCAACAGGAUUAACACCUAAAAGUUCCAGAAAGAUUUUGAGGAGCAAGAGAGCUGAAGGAGAGCCAGAGCCAAAUUCCCCAAAAUUGGACUUCUCAGAACCUUUAAUAUGCUAAUGUGCAUUGUGAAUCUCCAAGAGGGGGAUAUGAUAUGCAGCAUUCUUGAAUACUUCUAUUGACAGGGAGCCCACUACCUCAUAAGCUGCAGAGAGAAGAGGAGUUUGUCAUUUUAAACAGAGGCUGAAGAAACCACAGAAUUAGCAGACAUAAGAAAAAGUGGAGAAGGUAGAGGAUGGAGUUGCAGACUCUACAGGAGGCUCUUAAAGUGGAAAUUCAGGUUCACCAGAAACUGGUCGCUCAAAUGAAGCAGGAUCCACAGAUAUUUUUUCUUUCCAAUCAGAAUGCUGAUUUAAAGAAACAGCUUCAUGAACUUCAAGCCAAAAUCACAGCUUUGAGUGAAAAACAGAAAAGAGUAGUUGAACAGCUACGGAAGAACCUGAUAGUAAAGCAAGAGCAACCAGACAAGUUCCAGAUACAGCCAUUGCCACAAUCUGAAAACAAACUGCAAACAGCACAGCAGCAGCCACUACAGCAGCUACCGCAGCAGCAGCAGUACCACCACCACCACGCCCAGUCAGCUGCAUCCUCUCCCAGCCUGACUGCGUCACAGGUACAGAAGACUGUAACUACAGCUUCUAUGAUUACCACAAAGACACUACCUCUCGUCUUGAAAGCAGCAACUGCGACCAUGCCUGCCUCUGUUGUGGGCCAGAGACCUACCAUUGCUAUGGUGACCGCCAUCAACAGUCAGAAGGCUGUGCUCAGCACUGAUGUGCAGAACACACCAGUCAACCUCCAGACGUCUAGUAAGGUCACUGGGCCUGGGGCAGAGGCUGUCCAAAUUGUGGCAAAAAACACAGUCACUCUGCAGGUUCAGGCAACACCUCCGCAGCCCAUCAAAGUACCACAGUUUAUCCCCCCUCCUAGACUCACUCCACGUCCAAACUUUCUUCCACAGGUUCGACCCAAGCCUGUGGCCCAGAAUAACAUUCCUAUUGCCCCAGCGCCUCCUCCCAUGCUUGCAGCUCCUCAGCUUAUCCAGAGGCCCGUCAUGCUGACCAAGUUCACUCCCACGACCCUCCCCACCUCCCAGAAUUCCAUCCACCCCGUCCGUGUCGUCAAUGGGCAGACCGCAACCAUAGCCAAAACGUUCCCCAUGGCCCAGCUCACCAGCAUUGUGAUAGCUACUCCAGGGACCAGACUCGCUGGACCUCAGACUGUGCAGCUUAGCAAGCCAAGCCUCGACAGACAGACAAUUAAAUCCCACACAGAAACAGAUGAGAAACAAACGGAGAACCGCACCGUCACUCCACCUGCUGCACCCAAACCAAAACGGGAGGAGAACCCUCAGAAACUCGCCUUCAUGGUGUCUCUAGGGCUGGUAACACAUGACCAUCUGGAAGAAAUCCAAAGCAAGAGGCAAGAACGAAAAAGAAGAACAACAGCAAAUCCAGUGUACAGUGGUGCGGUCUUUGAGCCAGAGCGUAAGAAGAGUGCAGUCACGUACCUGAACAGUACAGUGCAUCCCGGGACCCGGAAGAGAGGUCGUCCUCCAAAAUACAAUGCAGUGCUGGGGUUUGGAGCCCUUACCCCAACAUCCCCCCCAUCCAGUCAUCCUGACUCCCCUGAAAAUGAAAAGACAGAGACCACAUUCACUUUCCCUGCACCUGUUCAGCCUGUGUCCCUGCCCAGCCCCACCUCCACAGACGGUGACAUCCACGAGGAUUUUUGCAGUGUUUGCAGAAAAAGUGGCCAGUUGCUGAUGUGUGACACGUGUUCCCGUGUAUAUCAUCUGGACUGCUUAGACCCUCCUCUGAAAACGAUUCCCAAGGGCAUGUGGAUCUGUCCCAGAUGUCAGGACCAGAUGCUGAAGAAGGAAGAAGCAAUUCCAUGGCCUGGAACUUUAGCAAUUGUUCAUUCCUAUAUUGCCUACAAAGCAGCAAAAGAAGAAGAGAAACAGAAAUUACUUAAAUGGAGUUCAGAUUUAAAACAAGAACGAGAGCAACUAGAGCAGAAGGUGAAACAGCUCAGCAAUUCUAUAAGUAAAUGCAUGGAAAUGAAGAACACCAUCCUGGCCCGGCAGAAGGAGAUGCACAGCUCCCUGGAGAAGGUAAAACAGCUGAUUCGCCUCAUCCACGGCAUCGACCUCUCCAAACCUGUAGACUCUGAGGCCACUGUGGGGGCCAUCUCCAACGGCCCGGACUGCACCCCCCCUGCCAACGCCAGCACCUCCACGCCGGCCCCCUCCCCCUCCUCCUCCUCCCAGAGCUGCACAGCGAACUGUAACCAGGGGGAAGAGACUAAGUAACAGCCCCGCUAGGAGAAGCCACGGGAUCCCGGCGGCAAGGAGAGCAAAACACUGAAGACUCUAGAAAAGCAAAGCCGGAUUUCUUCUGGAAAGUACAGAAUUCUUUUGGUUCUUUGGUUCCAGAGAGAGAGAAGAUGCUUGUGCCAGGUGGCACCAGAGUUUGCCAAUUGAUCCUUCUUAUUCUGUGUGUACAUGCAAAGAUUGGACCAUGUUACAUGAAAUAGUGCCAGCUGGAGGUUCUUUGCCAGCACCAUGCCAAGUGAAAUAAUAUAUUUACUCUCUCUAUUAUACACCAGUGUGUGCCUGCAGCAGCCUCCACAGCCACGAUGGGUUUGUUUUUGUUUUGUCGGGUGGGGAGCAGGGACGGGCGGAGGGAGGAGAGCAGGUUUCCGAUCCUUAUUUGCCGAGCCGUUUGUUUAGGUAGAGAAGACAAGUCCAAAGAGUGUGUGGGCUUUCCUAUUUCUAAACUUUCGCUACUAUAAAACCAAAAAGAGGAAAUCGAGAUUUAACCAACCCCCAGUGCCCAGAGGAGGGAUGGGAGGGAGUGGGAGGGAGCCAGGGUGGGAAAAGUCUAUCGAAGAAGCAGUAUUUCACGUUGUCUGGGGUGGGCACAGUGCACGGAAGAUGGGCACUAGGAACAGCCGCCAGGUCCCUCUCCGGAGCCCUCUGCUCCCCCGCCGUGGGCGCCCCAGCCCUCCCCAGGUUCCUUCCCUGCUUUGGCAGACGGGUGCCAUUCCCGUGGAUAAUCCGGUUGACCACCCCUCUCCAAGAACAAGCAGAACCAGGCCUCAGGUGGCCCUGGCCCGGGGCAGGGAAGAAGGGUGUGUGUGUCAAGGAAGGAAAAAAGGUGGAUCAGUGAUUUUACUUGAAAACAAGCUCCAUCCCUUUUCUAUAUUUAUAAGAAGAGAAGAUCCUGAGCGAAGCAGCACGCGACCCAGGUGUGUGUGAAUUGAAUGGAGACGUUUCUUUUCUUUUUUUUUAUUUUUGUUUUUGUUCUUUUUUCUUUAAAAAAAAGUCUUAUUUUGUUGUUUAUUUUACUUUUUUGGUAACAAAAACUAAAAUAAGGAAUAGAAAAGCUGUUUUUCAGGCUGACAGUCCAAUUAAGGGUAGUCGAGACCUUGCAUGGUAGAAUAGGAAUCAUAGUGUCAGUGAGGUCCAGUGAGUCUGUGUGAGUCCUUGUGUCAUCGUUCGGGGCACUGUUUUUUUAUGCAAGGGCAAACAUCUUUGUAUCUGGGGGAAAAAAAACAACUUUUUUUUUAAAUUAAAAAGGAAAAUAAAAGAUA